AUGAAGAGAGCACAGACAGCCAGAUUGCUUCGAGUCGUGGCGAAUGAAGUACGGUCUUAUCUCGUUAGUUAACGAAAAAAGCCCGUACUUGCUCUUUAGUUAAUACAGUAAUUUUUUGCCACUUCCAUUGUUGUGAAAAUUUAAAUGAAUUUUUUUUUCUUAAAUUGUUAAAUAAACUCAAUAAUUUUUGAAAUUUUUUUCUCUCGCGAGAUGCCAAAAGUCGACUUGCCUCGACAUUAAUAAUAUGAACUUUGAAAGUUUGAUAUGUCCAGAGUAUAUCGUGUGGGCGUGAACGUCAGCAAAUGAUGUGAAAACGGCUCGAGAGAGUCCAAAGGCCCCCGUGUUCCUUGAUAUUUUCUUGUGAGCUUCUCCAGGGAAUAUAUUUCUCUGCGAACUUUCUGGCCUGAGUGCUCCUGAAUGAAGUGCUCAUCAUUUCACUGAAAAGUGGUACUAGGAGGGCUUCCUGUCGUUAGGUAGAGGUUUCGCCUUUCUUGUGUUACAUCCUCAGGUACCUAAGGUUUUAUAGUUACAGUUUUUGAAAAAAAGAUCAAAAAUCAAAAAGUCUCUCUGAGACAAAAAAUUUGCUCCCAAAAGGUCACCAUCUCACUUUAACAUCUCCUCCUCUCUCUCUGUCGGAGAAUAUUGUGCUAGGUUUUGAUUACGACGGAGUUGUGAAGCGCAGAAAACUGGCUGCCGGCCUUCGAGCCAGACAGGGAGCGUCCGAAAGAGGCCCCGCCCCCGGAAUAAGUCUCGCUGCUGCAGCCAAACCUCGUCGACACCCGCAACGUUCUCGACAUGAAGUCGGCCUUCUCCAUCCUUCUUCUCAUCUUGUUGUAGGUUUUUCUCAUUUUAAAGUAUCCAUUAAAUACGAGGAAAAGUAUGAGGAUGUUUUAGAAGUGAAAUAGCAGCUGGCAGCUCUCCGAAACUCUAGCUGUUUGUUUUUGUUUUUAGUUGUUUUCAAAGGUAUUUUCCUUCAAACACUGUAGCUGGAGAGUUUUGAAAAAUGCUUCAAGAAUUUUAAAUUCAAGUUUUUUUACGAGGAUGAAAAUGAUUAAAUAAUCUUCGUUAUUGAUCCUGUUUUUUCGAAUUAUGCUUAUGCUUUGAUGAGACUUAUUCGGAGAAGGAGAAUUCACUAAAGUUUUCAGCAAACGGUCAAAAAAAUUCUCUUUAUUUGUAUAAGUCGUAAAAUUCAAGGACGUAAAGCUAUUCAUUCUCCAUUUUUGGAGUUUUGUAUUUUGAAUGAAAAGUUCAGAUCAUGUUGGACCGAGGCAAACGAAGUUUUCGAAAUGCUCAAACGAAAGCCGAUGCCAACGAACGGAGAAAGUGGUCCCUUAAGGGUUUACGUCGGUUUUUAUGUUGAAAGUUUGGGCAACUUUCGUGCUACUGAAAUGGUUUAGUUCACUCUUUUUUGGGAGACGUUUUUCCUUGUUCAGACAUAUGAUAUGGAUUUGUACUUGUACAUGAGCUGGCAAGACAACGACCUACGGCACAAUCACACCGAUCACAUCUUAAUCAAUGGUUUUCUCAGUUGUUAGACGUCUCCAGAUGAUAGACAUCAGACGACUUUCCAGACAAGGACAUCCUCGACCGAAUGUGGCUUCCGGAUCUCUACUUUGCCAACGCCAGAACCGCCUACUUCCACAAGGUCAGACCGCUUCAGAGUAGAUUUCACAACGACACAAGAGAAAAAAGUAUGAUUUGAAAGGCUAUAAAAGCUGUCAAUUUAUUUGAGGGAUCGAUGAUAACCUUAAGGGCAAAACAGUCUGUUCUUCAAAUUUUUAGCUACGUUUUUCAUAUUUUGUUACGAAAUGUUCGAAGUAAUCUCCGAAGCAUUUUCCCUUAGAAUGAAAUCACAAAUUCAAUGACGUUCUGAUGUGUCUAGAAUAACGAAAGUGCUUUUCAAAAGUGGAUAAACUACUCAGUUUGCAAGCUCAUUUUUUCACCAACGAAAUUACGAACGUCGAGUUUUUUUUUAAACCUUGAAGCGCACUUUCACACUACUACUAACUCAGGAUUCUCCGCUCCAAUUUUCUUCGAUUUAUUACUCUUUAAUGCAGUAAAGAAAGCAUCAGCUUCAGGUGACAGUGCACAACUUCAAUCUGUUUAUAUCCCCUGCCGGAACGAUAUCCUAUGGAACGCGGGUCACCUUGAAUCUUGGUGAGCAUCUUUCAGUCCAUGUUUAUUUUUAAGUUUUUUCAGCCUGCAAUUUGGACUUGCAAGACUAUCCGCUGGACUACCAAACUUGUUUCAUCAAAAUAAUCAGCUGUGAGUCGGCUUUCCCAUGGGGUCUUCUCAAGGAAAAUGACUUUUUUUGGACACUCCAGUACUAACAAAGGCGUUCCAGUGGAAUAAUUUAAUUUCUUCGCUUGUUUGUCGCGUCGCACCCUUUUUCAGCCUCUUAAAAAAGUUCGGAAAUCGAGCAUUUCUACAACGUUGGCUUGGAAUAUACCUUCGAGCAAUGUUGUGAUUUCAAAAUAGCUGACCGAAUAUUCUGACCAUUCAUUUUUUUUUUCUAUUGAGAGAAAUGCUAUUGAAAACAAAAAUCUUAAUUUUUUUUAAAUCUGUGAAAAAAAGAUUGAGGUUCAGAUCGCUUCACAAAACGAAAAAAAAAAUGAAAAAUUAACUAGCAGCGUGCAUUUCGUUUCAUUUCAAGGAAACCGCUGUGUUGAAGAACCUCAAAACAGGUUCCAAGAAACGAGUGUUCCAGAAAAAAAAUCAUUUUCACAAAGAAGUUCAUAAAAACACACUCUUAUAUUUUAGAUGCACACGUGCGCCAGGAGAUGAACGUGACCUGGUUUCCAGAUGACCCUAUCCGUUUCAAUCCGGCUAUCGACCUUCCCGAGUUCCACAUUCGUUCCCUCGACGACGACUACUGCAACGGGACCUUUUUCUACACUCUCACACACAAUUCUUCGCGCAGAGGUAGAUGCUGGAAUCUCAAGUUAUUGAGUCCCUACACCGACCGCAGUAACACUGUUUUUGACGCUCAAUGGCUCUAAAACUCGAUGAAAAAACUGCUAGUUUUAUUUUUCGAUCAGCGACACAAGUUUCGAUCGUUUGAAUAACACGACACACCUCAUGGGAAUGACCUUAAUCGAGAUCAGCUUCUGAACUUUAUAGGAGACUUCAGUUGUCUUCAAGGCUUGCUCAAUCUGAAGAGAGCGAUAGGAUUCCACCUCGUCCAGGUGUACACUGAAGUGAAUUGUUUUUUUUUAUUUUUUAUAAAUCUAGAGCUACAUUCCGACAGCGCUGAUCGUGGCGAUAUCGUGGGUCAGUUUCUGGAUCGAUCGCCGAGCAGUUCCGGCUCGCGUCUCCUUGUCUUUCACCACUCUGCUCACUCUGAGCACUCAGGUUUUAAACGUUUUCUGACCGAAUGUCUUUGAAAAUUACAAAUGUGUGACUGGGGAGAACUUCAGGGAAACGGAAUUCGCUACGCCCUGCCGGCGGUGUCCUACGCGAAGGCCAUCGACUACUUCUACGGAGGUUGGAGGCGUCGUUCCAACCAGCCAAACGCCAGUUUCAGUAUGCAUGUUGUUCAUCUUCGGCGUGUUGCUCGAGUUCGCCCUGGUAAACAGCUACAUGCGGAGAGCCAACAAGUACAAUCACAUGGCCGAGAAAAUGCAGAGCUCUUUCGGCGGAAAACCCUUGAUUGGUGGGUUUCUCGCUCUGGAAGUCAUGAAAUGCAUUUACGCGCGUAGGAAAAGCGCUGAAAAUAUUCACAGAUAUCAAUUACCCUUUUCGUCAGCAGUUUUUAAGAGCCAAGGCUGAGCCACCAAUUUUAGAGACCACACAAAAUUUCAGGAAGGGAAUGCUCCUAGAAAGGCUUCCUCAUUUAAGGGAAAUGAAAAUUCAGCUUUUCCUAAAGUCGGAAAGUCCGCUGUAUAUAGCAACUUUACAAUGAAGAUUAGCUUGGAGCCGAUCCGAGUUUUCUGUUAAAACGAAAAUUUUCUCUGGCUCUGAAAGUCGAUUUUCUUUCAGCGGCGGACGUUGACAGCGACUACGACGAGGGACCGACAAAAUACUACGGACACGUGAACAAAAACGCGGCUCAUCUCAUGUACAGAGCGUUGGGAUUUUCUCGGAAGGCUCUUGCCGUCGACAAGGCUGCGCGUUUCGCUUUUCCUUGUGAGUAUUCGUACAGAAAUGGAAAGAAACAGUAUGGGAAUUUUAAUUCUGAUAUUCUCUGUAUUUUAAUUUUUUUUUCAACUUUAGGUUUACGUAUUCUAGUUUUUUUUUUCAAUUUAGGUUUCUUUGAAAUUAAAGACGACUUAAUGUAUCUAGAAACUGCUGGAGCUCGGCAAAAUUGACAGUUGUUUCAAUAAAUUCAUUUUCAACGAAUUGCCAAACAAAUUUUGACAAAAAUAGUUUUCAGUCGUUUUCGCGCUGUUCAACGUGAUCUACUGGACGUAUUAUCUGAAAGAGCCUCCUGUCAUGGAAUCCUGA